AUGGAUACCCAUGGGUGGAACUUGGCCGAAAUGUGCCAGCGCUACCAUCAAGCUGUCCCAGCAGCCCAAAGCUCCUCACCAUCAGGUAAAGACCAGACGGUUGGCAUCGUACAAGGCCUAUCAACGAACCAGCACGUUGAACAGGCCAGUCCGUCCUAUUCUCAUUACACUAUGUUGGACAACAACUAUGAUCGUGGCCAGGAAACACCUCCUCCAGGAUCUAGUUAUGACGGAUCUCCUGGUUUGAUGACAAUGCAUCAGCCUCUCUAUCCAUCACCAGGACCACGGUUUGAUAUUGGAUCACCGAAUGUUGAAGGAGGAGCUGAAGGGACGUUGACUAUGGACUCGCAGAUGAUGCCGAUCACAGGAAUGUUGAAUAACUCAACACCGAAGUUAGAGGAGUUGCAUUGGAUCCACACCGGGCAAUCGCUAGACUAUUCGCAAAGUUUAUCAUCGAUGCCUGGCGUUGUAAGGAUGUGUCAUCCCAACACCUCAGCACAACGUAGCCUGCGGGAACAACGCAUUCGACGACCUAUGAAUGCUUUCAUGGUGUGGGCAAAGGUUGAGCGAAAGAAAUUGGCCGAAGAGAAUCCUGAUCUCCACAACGCUGAUCUCAGCAAGAUGCUUGGAAAAAAGUGGCGUGGAUUAACACCACAAGAUAGAAGACCUUUCGUUGAAGAAGCUGAACGAUUGAGGGUCAUUCACAUGCAAGAGCAUCCUAAUUAUAAAUACAGACCAAGACGCAGGAAACAACCGAAAAGAUUAUCUGGAGGAUCAGCUUCACCACCUUCAACUGCUAAUUCAUCUGGAUCUAGGUCAACACCCGCUGGUGGGACUACAGUUCGUCAUUCAACGACGAAGAUGGACAGUUACCAAGGAAUGUCACAAUUGCAAUGGAGUAACCACUCACCUAUUCCAUCUAUUUAUCAUCAACAACAGCAGCAAAGUAUUCAGGAUUAUAAAUCAGAGAAUAAUUCUUUAUACGGUAGUCCUUAUACACCGAUCAUCCACACGCCUGAAAUAUCACCUGUCGCCAGUCCUGGGUCUGACGGUGAUGGGACGCACCUUCAGUCAUCUCAAAGUACGGAUCAAGAGAGGGAAAUGCUAGAGAACACAGCAAAGCAACACGAUUUACUUGAACAAAGUAAGCGCUACGCUUCAUAUAUGAGUUCUGACAAUCAGUUGCAUGCUGGAGGACAUGCUGCAGGAACCAACAUUUCUUCCUGUCCGAAUACAGCUAGUUAUACGGAUACUUUGACCUAUAAGAAAUCGGUUGGGUAUUUGAAUUUCGAGAGGCAUACAUCAAGUAUUGCUGCAGUAGGAAUAGCCAAUGGCAUGAUGGUCUCAUGUAAUAAAUUGAGAUCAGGCUUUGACAAUGUUGGCUCAGUUACUGGGACUUUUUAUCCUCCUGUAGCAUCACCACAUGAUCAAGCAAUUCACUACACUCCUCAGCCUUCCAAAACUACCAAUUACGGCAUGCAAUCCAGUGCUGAUAACAACUACAAUCAUCAGAUCCAUUGCGCUAAUAGAUCACAAAACAUCAAUAUGAGGCAUUCCAAUGAACAAUGUCCAAGUGUAUCACAUAGAUAUCAAAUGCAGCAUCAUCAAGAAUAUCAACCCGAUGCUGGAUCCAAUCAACAACAUGUUCUGAGUCAUUUGGAUUCCGGAAUGACAGAGGAAGAUCAGGAGCAGUCGAUGCAAUUUGAAAAAUACUAUAAAUACCCUCAUACAGCCAACGUUGGACACUCGAGUCUUAUGGCUCAGAACAUUUUAGAUAGUAAUCACAAUUAUGCUAGCGAUUUGCGUUACUACUCAGCUUUACAGAGUCAGCAGAACCAGAUGGACGUAUCCAAUAAUCAAUGCCUUGUUGAAGAAAUCAGAAAAUCGGAGGGUCAUCUCAUUGCAGUUAAUAUUGGACAUGCUAUGGACCAUCAGUAUCCUGCUAAUCUUGAUAUGUCGAAAUAUCAAGAACAUGUUCAGCAACAGACUCAUCAACAACCACCACAACAUAAUCAAGGAUUGGAAGGUCCAAAAACUGAGGAUGACUUUAGUGUGAUUCUUGCUGAUGUUCGUAAAACCUGUUACAGCAGUUAGUCGCUCAUAAAGUCUAUUAUGAUAACCGGAAACAACAAUUUUAUGGAUUUAGAAAGAAAUGAGGUCUGUAGCAAUAGAAAAAGAAGGUGCGCGAAUAUCGCAAGAAUUGUUAUCUUAAAUCUCUCGCAAAGAAUUUCGUGGUAUCUCCAGGAAAUGUUAACUUCCUGCUGUAAAUUCGUUGCCUAAGUUCUCAUGCUAUGAGAUAAGAUGAUUAUUUUAGAUCGUGAAGAUGUUAAUUUGAUAAAUUAAAAAAAAUUGUUACAUUUUGAUCUCGUGAUUAAAAAAGAAGACAAGAAAUUGUCAUCAAGGAAACUAAUUUAUCAGAAUUAAAUAACACAACCGCGUACGGCUCAUCGGAAGGAAAUGUUAAAUUAUUAUUUUUAUUCGCAACUAUACAAGUACUUAAGAGAAAGUCACCGAUGAACAACUGUACACUUCCCACGCGUAAAUCUUUUUCCUGUAAGAAUAAAACUAGAGAUUUUUUAAACUAAAAUGUUUUUGUUUUUAGAUGAUGUGCAAUGCUGAGUGAAAAGUUUUCAUUUUGUUAUAUGGUUUUAGAGCACACAUUUACUUAUAGUGUCCUAUUUAUUUAUAUAAAUAUAUAUUUUAUUUAAGAGUUCCAGUUACACAAUUUAUAAAAUCCGUUACAGAUUUAUCAGAAAUAGUGAAAUAAAUCAUAAUUGUCAUGUGAUUUGCGCGAACUUAGAGAACAAUAGCAUUAGAUCUCAGUAAUAUUGAAUAAUUAGAACAUGAAACAAAUUUCAUUGAUGACAAUUAAUCACAAUUAUAUGUGUUAAAGUUGAAUUUUUUACUCUUGUAAAUAUAUUUCCAGAUUUUUCUAUUAUUAUGA